GCCAUCCUGUGUACCAAAUACUGCUAAUCUUUCUUUUUCCAGAAGUCUCCUGAAAUCAUGGCUUUGUCUGCCUGGGCUCCAGAGACAUUUGCUUGUCCCAUAUGCUUGGAAACAUUGAAAGAUCCCACUACGCUUCCCUGCGGACACAGCUACUGUCUCUUGUGCGUCCAGAGGCAUUGGGAUCAGACAGCAUCUGCAGGCUUUUACGAGUGUCCUCAGUGCCGACAGCGGUUCGACCCAAGACCCGUUCUGGCCAGAAGCAACGUUCUUAUGGAGGCUAUGGAGAAACUGAGACUGGGUGGGCAUGAGAACCCAGAAACUUCUUUGAGUCAGUCGAUCACUUCGUCGUCUCAGUUGUCCCCCUCUGACGCCUCUCAGGGUGUGCUGUAUCCCACUCUGCCCUCCAGCUCGCCCCGUUUGUGUCCGCUGCAUCAGCAGCUGUUGGAACUGUACUGCUGUGACGAGAAAGAAGACAUUUGUGAGGAGUGUAGCCUUCAUGAACACAAAGGUCAUCAGGUGGUCCGAGCAGAAGAAGACAGAGAAAGGGUUCAGCAAGAGUUGAAUGCUAAGAUACAGAAGAGCAUUGCUGACAGAGAGAGGAUCAUUCAGAGCAUUCUUCAAGUUUCUCAGACACACAAGAGCUCCAUUCAGAAGUUGAUGAUGGACAGUCAGACAUUCUUCACCGAUGUCUUGAAGAGCAUUGAGCUCAACUGCUCUCAGGUGCUUGAACUCCUUCAGGCUCAUGAGAAUUCUUCUUCUAGCCACAUAGACGCCCAAAGCUACAGACUACAGCAAGAGAUCACCCAACUGCACAUAAAACAAGAAGAGCUGCGGAGGCUGGACGCCAUUCGCCAUCCUGCUACCUUCUGCAAUUUAAUGGUGGCGGUGGAUUCUUCAGCGCAGGCCAACAGCGGCACGAUGAAGAUCUGGACUCCAGAAUCCGUGAUAUCUGGGGUCAGAUCAGCUCUAGAGGUUUACAGACAGGGACUUGAUGAUCUCACCAAAACCAGCCUUGCCAGUAUCUUUCGAGUUGUGAAUGAUGUUGCUGCUGUGGCGCAAACAGCAACUGAUGGAGAUGUCAUUACCAGCAACUCACAGCUGUCUAUACAAAACACAGAAAUAAAGUCUGACUCUACAAGACCGAAAGUCAGAGCUUCUUCUACUCAGCGUUCACAAGAUCAACACAAGAAGCAGAACUGUUCCUCUGCAAACACAGUGGAAAGAUCAGCUGUCUGUUGUGUGUUGAAUCCAGCACCCAAAACCAGAGAGGAAAUGCUUAAAUUCCGCAUUGAGCCUAAACUUGAUCCCAACAGUGCUUACCGUCAAAUCCGUCUGUCUGAUACAAGUCGCAAGGCGACUCUCUGUGCCGAGAACCAGAAUUACCCAGAGAAGCCCGAGCGCUUCAUGUACUGGAGGCAGGUGAUGUGUGUUGAGCCGUUGGCUGGAAGCCCCUACUACUGGGAAGUGGAGUGGACCGGGCAGAGGGUGACAGUUGGUGUGGCGUACAGAAACAUGGCACGUUCUGCAGCUGAUGACAGUGCUAGAUUGGGACACAAUACGAAGUCAUGGAGCCUGUACUGGUCCGGUAAAGCUUUCUUUAUGUGGCAUGCUGGAAAAGAAACUGCACUGACAGGACCCAAAGCCAAACGCAUUGGGGUUUACGUGGACCAGCAGGAAGGUUUACUGGCGUUCUACCGAGUCUCCCAUAAUCAGGCUCAGGAAAUAUGUUGCGUUCACACACAUUUCGAUGGACCGCUUUUCCCCAGUUUCCGCUUCUGGUCUGGAGUCGGCUCUACCAUCACCAUCUGUGAGCUUCAAUAGUGAUAUGUGAAGAUUAUCUCUGGAGAACCUCUGACAUAUUUUCUCCAUCAUUUCCUCAGUCUGCAGUGUAAGCGUGUGCACAGCUACAGUUAAUAAUGUUAAAGAUACAUAGCUGUCUUUCUGUUUCUGUCUGCACCAAUACCAACAAUAGCUACUCUUUGACAGGAAUGAAUAAUAAAAUACUAACUUGAAGCACAUUCUGUGAAAUUAUUUGUAAACCUUGACCUAGUGUGAUUAUGCUGCCAUUAUUUCUCAUUUGUCUGCUACUGAAAAGUAGCUACUGUAUGUAUUUUGACAAAGGAUUUAUUUUGUACACAUUGAGAAAAUCGAAAGCUGAAAGAUUUAAUUUUCUCUAGGAAUGUGUGAAACAAUCUGCAUUCAGCAAAGACAAAAAUAAAUAUUAUUAAAAAAGUGCACUUUUUGCUUAAUACAGAGAGUGGCGUC